UUAAAAUUAAUUCGUCAACGGAAUACUACAAGUACAUAAAAAUAAGAACAAGAAAUUCUAUAUGAAGCGUUGUCUCAUGGUUAGACAUUUCAACGCCUGCAUUUUCCAAUUGAAUGCAUUUUUGAGCUGUAAUUUCGUCAAAGUCUUUCAAGUCUUCCAUGCAUAACCUUUUGGGUAAAGACCAAUUAGUCUGCAGCUUUCUUGUCGUACUUCCCUUUUCCACUGUCGUUGCUCAAAACAAUGCCAACAUAGAUGUGGGAUUGUCUCUAACUGCAGGAGACAAUGAUGCUCGGUGGCUUUCCCCUUCUGAAGAUUUUGCAUUUGGGUUUCACCAACUUGAAAAUGGCAACUUCUUGCUGGCCAUUUGGUACUACAAACUAACUAAUCAACAAACCACGUUCGUUUGGUAUGCAAAUGGAGAGAAUAAUUCUGCGCCUAGAGGAUCCAAACUGGAGCUAUAUUCUGAUCGUGGCCUAGUCCUCAAAGACCCUCGAGGUACUCAACUAUGGAGUACUUCAGGAGAAAUAGCUGCAGGUUCAUCGGUGUUCUACGCGGUGAUGAACGACACGGGAAACUUUCAACUCCUUGAUGAGAAUUCUAAUCCCCUUUGGCAGAGCUUCGAGCAUCCAAUGGAUACAUUGUUGCCUGGUCAAAUCAUGGAGAUUGAUGGAAAUCUUACUUCCAGAAAAGGCGAGAACGACUUCUCGAGUGGAAGAUUCGUGCUCCGUAUGCUCCCGGAUGGUAACGCCGUGCUCAAUACCAUAAAUUUGCCUAGCAAAAAUUCUUACGAUGCAUAUUAUAUUAGUGGGACCAACGACGACGCAAACCAGUCUAAUAGAGGUUUACGAGUGGUGUAUAACACAUCAGGCGACUUGUACGUAUUGAGAGGAAAUCGAGAGAGAGAGAUUAUAUUAUCGGAAGGUUCGAUUUCAACAUCGGACAAUUAUCGAAGAGUAACUCUCAAUUUUGAUGGAGUUCUCACCUUGAGUUAUCACUCCAAAGAACCCUCCUCCUCCUGGGAUACCAUUGCAUACAUUCCUGACGAUAAUAUAUGCGAAAAAAUUAGCGGAGAAAAGGGAACUGGGCCAUGCGGGUACAAUAGUAUCUGCUCAAUCCAAAGUAAUGGAAGGCCGUCUUGUAAAUGCCCAAAAGGGUAUUCUUUUUUCGAUCCAACCGAUGCGUUCAGCGGCUGCAAACCAGACUUCUUAACGAACUACUGUGCUAGUGAUUCACCCUUCGAGGAGUAUUCACUCGAAAGGAUACCCAAUACUGAUUGGCCAACAUCUGAUUAUGAGUUAAUUACACCUUAUGAUCAGCAGAGUUGCCAAAAUUCUUGCCUGCAUGAGUGCCUAUGUGGAGCGGCUAUUUUCAGGAACAACAGCUGUUGGAAGAAGAAGUUACCACUUUCCAAUGGAAGAGAUGGGCUAAGCGAGUUCAUGGCUUUUCUUAAGGUGGGACGAAAUUCCUCCUCCAAAAUCCCACGUCCUCCUGGCACUACUCCACCUAGAGAUGCAAAAGACCAGGACAAUUUGGUCAUUGUGUUGUCCUCCCUCUUUGGCACUUCUGCGUUUGCCAACUUGAUUUUGGUGGCAGCAAUAUGUUCCAUUUUAUUCUUCAACUACAAGAAGAAUAAGAAACUCCUUGGAAUCUCUCCUAGAGAAACCUGUGUCGAAAGCAACUUGCGGCAAUUCACCUACAAGGAGCUGACUGAGGCCACAAACGGGUUCAAGGAAGAGUUAGGGAGAGGUUCUUGUGGCAUAGUUUACAAAGGGGAGACGGAAUCUUCGGUACUCGUUGCUGUCAAGAAGUUGGACAAAGUGUUUCAAGACAGCCAUAAAGAAUUCAAAGUUGAAGUGAAUGUUAUUGGCCAAACACACCACAAGAAUCUUGUCCGAUUGAUAGGAUAUUGUGAAGAGAAUCAACAUAGGCUGUUGGUAUACGAGUUCUUGAGCAAUGGCACAUUAGCAAGAUUUCUCUUUGGAGACUGCAAGCCAAGUUGGACACAGAGAAUUCAAAUUGCUCAUGGAAUUGCCAGAGGGCUAGUUUACUUGCACGAGGAAUGUAGCACCCAGAUCAUCCACUGUGACAUAAAGCCUCAAAAUAUACUGCUAGACGAAUACUAUAAUGCUCGGAUUUCUGACUUUGGGUUGGCAAAGCUUUUGCUUCUCGAUCAGAGCCAUACAAAAACCAAUGUCAGAGGAACAAAAGGGUACGUGGCGCCUGAUUGGUUCAGGUCUGCCAAGGUGUCUGUGAAGGUUGAUGUGUACAGCUUUGGUGUAAUACUGCUGGAAAUCAUAUGUUGUCGAAGAAAUGUAGAUAUGGAGAUUGGUGGGGGUGUAAGGGGAAUUUUGACAGAUUGGGCCUAUGAUUGCUAUGCGGAUGGAAAAUUAGAUGCUCUGAUUGAAGAUGAUAUGGAAGCCAUGAAUGAUAUAAAAAGGGUUGAGAGAUUUGUGAAAGUUGCAAUUUGGUGCCUUCAAGAAGACCCAAAUAUAAGACCCACCAUGAAGAAGGUUAUGCUGAUGCUUGAAGGAAUUGUUCAGGUUUCAGUUCCACCAAGCCCUUGCUCCUUUACAUCCGUUAAUUGAUCAUGUAAUUUUUUUUAUUAUUAUUAUUUUUUUCCGUUUCCCAUUCCUCAUAUUAAUUCUUGGAGUUCUAGCUUUCCUCUUCUUUGUUUUUUUUUUUUUUUUUUUUUU